AUGUUAUUGGAACUCAAAUCGAGCGGAAGCACUGCAGAUAUGUACAGCGCUGCCAUUGUGGUUUUAUCAACGGCGUUGGUAUACUACUUUAUUAUUUAUCCACUCUAUUUUCAUCCGUUAUCUGACGUACCAGGUCCUUUGAUAUGUAAACUGACUAGAUACUGGAUUCUUUUCAAAUCAUGGAACGAGGAGCGGAAUAGGUAUGUACAAGCAUUGCACGAAAAAUAUGGUACUAUAGUUCGUAUUGGACCUGAUCAAGUGGAUAUCAACGAUGUUGCAUAUCUGAAAGACAUUUACGUUGGAAAUUUUGACAAAACCGGGUUCUAUGCACAGUUUGUAAACUAUGACUCACACUGCACAUUUUCAACGACCGACAAGGGUACACACAAGGAGUCACGUAAGGUUAGCCAUAAAUUCUACUCUAAAACCAACAUCUGCUCACCAACCAUCAUGCCGAGAAUUGAGAGGGUCAUUCAUGACACACUCGAGGUACUACACGAAAAGGUGAAUCAGCCGGUCAAUGCCUUUGUAUUAUUCUGCGAUAUGGCAAUGGAUGCAGUCUCUGCAUUUUCAUUUGGUAAUAACUACGACUCGCUGUUGGUAGAUCCAUUCGGAAAAGGGGAGAGAGUUGUGACUGAUUUUGGUUUGCAGUCAUCGACGGGUUUUUGGGUCACCGAAAUGCCCCAGUGGUAUGAUUGGGUAGUCUCCAAACCCGUAUCUAAGGCUUCGCAAAGAUGCUAUGACUGGAUCGAACGUCAAUUCAACACAGCAUAUGAUCAAUUGGGGAAAUCCAUAAGUGACGGAGUUGAGUCAUUACUGACGGUUUAUUUUGAUUUCGAUUUCAGCAAUAACAAACCAAUACAAAAGAGUAAGCUCUUUGAUAAGAGGCGUACUAAGAGUGAGUUUUUCGACCAUAUUGCUGCCGGCCAUGUCACAACCGCAACAACCAUGUCCUAUUUUUUCUACGAGAUGGCGUCGAAGCUAGAAAUACAAAAUAGGCUAAGGGAGGAAUUGCUUGACGUUCUCAACCACGGUAUUCCGAUUUCCAGUGAAGAUCCAGAACCAAUUAGCUACUCUGCCGUUGACGAUGAAGCCAAACUACCGUUCAUGCAUGCAUGCAUGUACGAAAAUUUCCGCAUUCACGCAGGCAUUCCAGGACAAGAGCCUAGAUUGGUUCCAUCGAAGGGCCUGAUUUUCAGAGGUUCAGGGAAAGUCCCAGUUGUCAAAUUACCUGGAGGGACAGUGGUAACAAUGCAACCUUGGUCACUACAUAGAGUCCAUUCGACCUUCCCCGAUCCAGAGAAAUAUGAUCCGCAGAGAUGGAUGGAUGCAGACAAAGCUCAACUUAAGACCAUGAAGGGCCAUUUGAUGCAUUUUGGUAGUGGGGCUAGAAUGUGCAUCGGCCAACAUUUGGCGACGGCAGAAAUCAAAAUGAGUAUGGCCAACAUCAUGUGUCGGUAUAGAGUUGAGCUAGUUGAUGAUUUUGAUUACGAGAAGGACGGUGCUAUGAUGGACAUAUAUACUACAGUGCCUAGAAGCGAGAAGAUGAUGCUCAGGUUCAUUCCUUUGAAGUCCUUGUAG